AUGUUACAAGCUUGUAGUUGCACUAAUAUGAUGCUAUAUCCUAAAACUAAUAAUAGAAAAGAAUUUUGGAGUCAAUUAAGUGAUCCAAUAAUUGAUAAAGCUAAUUUGAAGAUGCUAUAUAAACUUGAAUGUUUACAAACUGAUUUAGAUAAUUCAGAGUUUUCAGAAAAAAAUCACAUAAUUACUAAUAAAAAUAAAAAUAAAAAUACUUUCUGGAAUAGUUUUCGAAAUGCUUUGAUAUUUAACAAACAUAGCCAAAAUAGAAAAAUACAGAUUUUGUCUAUUAUAGCAAAUGAGUUUAUAUAUUUGCAACUUUAUGAAAAACUUCAGAUUAAAAACCUAUGUCGACAUUUUAGAAAAAAUUUUGAGCAUCAUUUGAAAGUUGAAUCUGAUAAAAAAGUAUUACAUAACAACUCAGAAUAUAUUGUGAUAUACCUAUUGCCAUACUUUGGAACUUCUGUAUACUUUUCUCCUGCUGAAGUUGCUGGUUUGUGUAAUAAUGAACUUCAUCACUCUGAACCAAAAACUUCAACACAUACUAAACCACAAUCAAAGUGGACAAUAGUUUUACCAAAAUCUCAAG